GAAGAUGGCAGCGUCCUGAGUGAAGAGAGCGCAUAGUUGACCAGCCACUGCACCGGAUUGGCAAAAUUAAACAGCAACCGCUUGCAUUGGAGGGAGGGGGGUAGAGGGACUGAAACACAUUUCAACUUGUAGCGGCUAUCCAGUUCAUACCAGAAGAUGAAUAUUCUCAAAGACAACAAAGACUUGGCCUGUUUCUACACAACGAAGCACUCUUGGAGGGGAAAGUAUAAAAGAGUCUUUUCUGUUGGAACCCACGGCAUCACCACUUACAACCCCGCCACGUUAGAAGUUACCAAUCAGUGGCCUUAUGGGGACAUCUGCGGGAUCGGCCCUGUGGGGAAGGGCCAGGGCACAGAGUUCAGCCUUACGUUCCGCAAGGGCAGCGGCAAGAAGUCGGAGACCCUCAAGUUUUCCACGGAGCACAGGACGGAGCUGCUCACAGAGGCGCUGAGAUUCCGAACAGAUUUCUCAGAGGGCAAGAUAACUGGCAGGCGUUACAACUGUUACAAGCACCACUGGAGUGACACAAGGCGGUCAGUGGUCCUGGAGGUUACCCCAGGGGGUGUCGACCAGAUCGACCCACAAACCAACCGCGUGCUCUGCUCCUAUGACUACCGAUCAGUGGAAGGUUUCGUGGAAGUCUCCGACUACCAAGGGGGCUUCUGCAUCCUGUACGGGGGCUUCAGCCGGUUGCACCUCUUUGCCUCGGAGCACCGGGACGAGAUCAUCCGCAGUGCCGUGGAGCAUGCUGGGAACUUCAUCGGCAUCACGCUGCGGCUCCGGAAAGAUCCGCUCACCUUCGAGGGCUUCGCCACCGAGCGGCUGGGCAAGUACGGCGCGGACGACUGCAUCACCUCGCUGGCCGAGUUCGUCGUGCAGAAGAUCGCUCCCUCUCGGCACACGGAGCCGGUGAAGAGGAUCCUAGCUCUCACGGAGACCUGUCUGGUGGAGAGGGACCCAGCGUCCUACAACAUAGUCACAAUCAAGCCCUUUGGGGAGGUGUUUGCACUCAUCUGUGAUGCAGACAACCCCCAGGUGUUCACGGCGGAGUUCAUCAGAGGACAGAUCAGAAAGUACUCUUCCACAGAAAGGGACUCCCUGAUGGCCAGCUUGCUGGAUGGGGUCCGGGCGUCCGGGAACCGGGACGUGUGUGUGAAGAUGUCCCCCACACAGAGGGGCCAGCGCUGGGGGCUGCUCAGCAUGCCCGUGGACGAGGAGGUGGAGAGUCUGCACCUCAAGUUCCUGGCUGCACCUCCCAACGGAAACUUUGGGGAUGCGGUCUUCAGAUUCAACGCCAACAUCUCCUACAGCGGAGUGCUUCACGCCGUCACACAAGACGGCCUUUUCUCAGAGAACAAGGAGAAGCUGAUCAACAACGCCAUUCUGGCCCUGUUAUCCCAGGAGACCGAGCUACCGGGGCCCAACGCCGAACUGGAGAGCCAGUUCCAGGCCAUCCGCCGGCUGGUGGCCUCCAAGGCUGGCUUCCAGGCCUUCACCCAGCUCCCCAAGUCUGGUCAGGUGGCUGGACCCCCGGGCGGAACGUUCAGGGAGAAGCUGGGGGUGAAAACAGUCAAGGCCCUUAAGAGGAACAACAACGGGGUGACGCAUGCUGCCAUCGACAUGCUCUGUGCCCUCAUGUGUCCGAUGCAUGAUGACUAUGACCUGCGUCAGGAGCAGCUGAAUAAGGCCUCCCUCCUCUCCUCUAAGAAAUUCCUGGAGAACCUUCUGGAGAAGUUCAUUAGUAAUGUGGAAUACGGCACCGGUGCGCUGGUGAUAAGCUCACUUCUGGACUUCCUCACCUUCGCCCUCUGCGCCCCUUACAGUGAGACCAGCGAGGGCCAGCAGUUUGACAUGCUGCUGGAGAUGGUGGCCUCCAACGGCCGGACCCUCUUCAAGCUCUUCCAGCACCCUUCCAUGGCCAUUGUGAAGGGAGCGGGCCUGGUCAUGAAGGCCAUCAUUGAGGAAGGGGACAAAGAGAUCGCCACUAAGAUGCAGGAGCUGGCUUUGAGCGAGGGAGCCCUGCCCCGACACCUGCACACCUCCAUGUUCACCAUCAGCGCUGACCAGAGGAUGCUCACCCACAGGCAGCUGAGCCGCCAUCUGGUGGGACUGUGGACUGCAGAGAACCCCAUCGCCAUGAACCUGCUGAAGAGGAUACUGCCAACAGGUUUGUUGGCAUACCUGGACAGCACCGAACCUGUGCCCGAGAAAGAUACGGACAGGAUGCACAUCAGAGACAACCUCAAGAUUGCCACGGACCAGUUUGGACGGAACAAGGUGCCAGAGUGGCAGAGGCUGGCGGGGAAGGCGGCCAAGGAGGUGGAAAAGUUUGCUAAGGAGAAGGCGGACAUCGUGCUGAUGCACUGGAGGGACAAGAUGGGCAUAGCACAGAAAGAGCAGGACAGGAAUAACCUGAACCCGAACCAAAAACCUGUCAUCCUGCGGAAGAGGAGACAGAGGAUCAAGAUCGAGGCGAACUGGGAGCUCUUCUACUACAGGUUCCAGCUGGAUCACGCCCGGUCCAACCUCAUCUGGAACCUGAAGACGCGCGAGGAGCUUCGGGACGCUCUGGAGGGAGAGAUGCGGGCCUUCGGCGUGGACCGGGAGCUGGGCAGCAGCAGCGUCAUCUCCUGGAACCACCAGGAGUUUGAGGUGAAAUAUGAGUGCCUUUCAGAUGAAAUUAAGAUCGGAGAUUAUUACCUACGUCUGCUGCUUGAAGAGGAUGAGAACGAGGAGACCGGGGCCAUCAAGAGAUCGUAUGAGUUUUUCAAUGAGCUCUACCACCGUUUCCUGCUCACCCCGAAGGUCCACAUGAAGUGCCUCUGCCUGCAGGCCCUCACCAUCGUCUACGGGAAGUGCUUCGAGGAGAUCGGGCCCUUCGCUGACACCAAAUACAUUGUUGGCAUGCUGGACCGGUGUACGGACAGACUGGAGAGAGACAGACUCAUCCUGUUCCUCAACAAACUCAUUCUCAACAAGAAAAACGUGAAGGAGGUAAUGGACUCCAACGGAGUGCGCAUUCUGGUGGAUCUGCUGACCCUGGCACACCUGCACACCAGCCGAGCCACUGUCCCUCUGCAGACCAACGUGAUCGAAGCAUCGCCAGAUAUGAAGAGGGAGAGCGAGAAGGAGUGGUACUUUGGCAACGCCGACAAGGAACGACGGGGUCCCUACAGCUUUGAGGAGAUGCAGGAGUUCUGGACCCAGGGCACGCUGACGGCGAAGACGCGGUGCUGGGCGCAGGGCAUGGACGGCUGGCGCCCCCUGCAGGCCAUCCCGCAGCUGAAGUGGUGCCUGCUGGCCAGCGGGCAGGCGGUGAUGAACGAGACGGACCUGGCCACGCUCAUCCUCAACAUGCUCAUCACCAUGUGCUCCUACUUCCCCAGCAGAGACCAGGAUAACGCCAUCAUUCGCCCUCUUCCUCGGGUCAAGAGACUAAUCAGUGACAAUACCUGUCUUCCCCACAUUGUUCAGCUGCUGCUGACCUUUGACCCCAUCUUGGUGGAGAAGGUGGCAAAUCUGCUGUACCAGGUGAUGCAAGACAACCCCAACCUGCAGCGUCUCUACCUCACCGGGGUGUUCUUCUUCAUCAUGAUGUACACUGGCUCCAACGUGCUUCCUGUUGCCCGGUUUCUUAAGUACACUCACCUAAAGCAAGCCUUCAAGUCUGAAGAGGCCAAAGGUCAGGACAUUGUCCAACGCAGCGUGCUGGGCCCGGCGCUCCCCGAGGCUAUGGUCUGUUACCUGGAGAACUAUGAGGCGGAGCGCUUCUCAGAGAUCUUCCUGGGCGAGUUUGACACCCCCGAGGCCAUCUGGAGCAGUGAGAUGAGACGGCUGAUGAUCGAGCGAAUCGCGGCCCACCUGGCGGACUUCUCCCCCCGUCUGCAGAGCAACACGCGUGCCCUGUACCAGUACUGUCCCAUCCCUGUAGUCAGCUUCCCACAGCUGGACAAUGAGCUCUUCUGCAACAUCUACUACCUCAGACACCUGUGCGACGCCAACCGCUUCCCCAACUGGCCAAUCCGAGAGCCCGUGAAGCUGCUGAAAGACACCCUGGAGGCCUGGAAGAGGGAGGUUGAGAAGAAGCCGCCCUCCAUGUCUGUGGAGGACGCCUUCGAGGUCCUCAACCUUCCAAAGGGACAGGGACCGCACGAGGAGAGUAAGAUCCGGAAAGCCUACUUCCGCCUGGCUCAGAAAUACCAUCCGGACAAGAACCCGGAGGGCAGGGACAUGUUUGAGAAGGUGAAUAAGGCGUACGAGUUUCUGUGCACCAAGUCGGCACGCGUCACGGACGGGCCUGACCCAGAAAACAUCAUCCUCAUCCUCAAAGCCCAGAGCAUCCUCUUCAACAGGCACCGGCAAGAACUGGAGCCCUACAAGUACGCCGGCUACCCCAUGCUCAUCAAGACCAUCACCAUGGAGACGGGCGACGAGCAGCUCUUCUCCAAGACCUCCCCCCUGCUUCCCACCGCCGCCGAGCUGGCCUUCCACACUGUCAACUGCUCCGCCCUGAACGCAGAGGAGCUGCGGAGAGAGAACGGCAUCGAGGUGCUGUUGGAGGCUCUUUCUCGCUGCGUUGCUGUCCUCACUGCCUCCAGCAAGCCUGAUGACAUGGCUGUGCAGGUGUGCGGGCACAUCUGUAAGUGCUACAGCGUGGCCGCCCAGUUCGAGGAGUGCAGGGAGAAGAUCAUCGAGCUUCCCAACAUCAUUCGAGACCUGUGCCACGUGCUGUAUUAUGCAAAGGUCCUCCCCCGUUUGGCAUCCCUGGCGGUGCAGUGCAUCAGCUCCUUCGCCGUGGACUUCUUCCUGCAGACGCACCUCUACCACGCCGGCGUCCUCUGGCACCUGCUGGUCAACCUUUUCAACUACGACUACACACUGGAGGAGAGUGGCAUUCAGAAGAGCCAGGACACCAACCAGCAGGAGGUGGCCAACAGCCUGGCCAAGCUCAGCCUGGUGGCCCUGAGCCGGCUGGGAGGCUACAGUCCCCCUCCCGCCGAGGAGGAGGGCGCCAACGGUGUGGACGGGACGCCCCCGGAGAACCCCACCGUCCGGAAGAGCCUGGCGGCCAUGCUCACGCCCUACAUCUCCCGGAAGCUGGGCUCCAACUCGCCUGCUGAGGUCCUGAAGCUCCUCAACAGUAACUCUGAGAACCCCUACCUGAUCUGGAACAACGGCACCAGGGCCGAACUGCAGGAGUUCCUGGAGCAGCAGCAGGAGGGCAACAUCAAGAGGGGCGAAUGCGACAAGAACUUCGGGUCAGAUUUCAUUUUCUGCGACCACGGCAAGGAAUUGAUCGUGGGGGAGAUCUUCGUCAGGGUCUACAACGAGCAGCCAGCCUAUCCCCUUGAGUUCCCCAAGGUGUUUGCAGCCAGCCUGCUGGACUAUGUGGGCUCCCAGGCCCAGUACCUGCACACUCUGCUGGCCAUGACCCAGACCAGUAAGGUGGAGUCCCAGCAGCAUGCACAGAGGCUCCGUUGGGCCGAAAUGGCCCUGGAGGCCCUCCGCAACGUCAUCAAGAACAACCCGGGCUCGGAAUCGGAGUGCAUUGGGCACUUCAAGCUGCUGUUCUCUUUGCUGCGGGUCCACGGAGCGGGCAAGGUCCAGCAGCUGGCUCUCGAGGUGGUGAACACGGUCACCAUGAACCAGGACUGCGUCAGCAACAUCGGCGACUCCCUGGUGCUCUCCAACCUGCUGGUGCUCCUCCACUCCAUGCCCUCCAGCAGACAGUUGGUGCUGGAAACCCUGUACGCCUUGACUUCUAACACUAAAAUUAUCAAAGAGGCCAUGGCUAAAGGUGCUCUGAUCUACCUGCUGGACCUCUUCUGUAACUCCACCCACCCCCAGGUGCGCAGUCAGACUGCUGAGCUCUUCGCCAAGAUGACCUCCGAUAAGCUUGUGGGGCCAAAGGUGCGGCUGACGCUCAUGCGCUUCCUGCCGGCCGUGUUCAUGGAGGCCAUGCGGGACAACGCAGAGGCGGCGGUGCACAUCUUCGAGGCGACGCACGAAAACCCCGAGCUCAUCUGGAACGACAGCUCCCGAGAAACCGUCUCCACCACCGUGCGAGAGAUGAUGCUGGAGCACUUUAAACAGCAAAAGGAUAAUCCUGAUGUCAACUGGAAACUGCCGGAGGACUUCACUGUGGCGUACGGGGCGGGGCAGGGCGAGCUGGCCGUGGGCGGAGUCUUCCUGCGCAUCUUCAUCGCGCAGCCGGGCUGGGUGCUGCGCAAACCUCGGGAGUUCCUGGUGUCCCUGCUGGAGACCCUGACUGAGCUGCUGGAGAAGAACAACCCCAACGGCGAGGCCUUGGAAACGGUAACCACGGCAGCGGUGUGUCUCUUCAGCACUCAGACCCCGCUGGCCGAUCAGGUCCCUCCCCUGGGCCACCUGCCCCGCAUCCUGGCCGCCCUCAACCACAAGAACAACGCCGUGCCCAAGAGCUCCAUCCGCCUCAUCCACGUGCUCUCCGACAACGAGCUGUGCGUUCGCUCCAUGGCCGCCUUGGAGACCAUCGGGCCGCUGAUGACCGGGAUGAAAGUGCGGGCCGACAUGGCAGGGCUGGCCUGCGAGGCGCUCAACAGAAUGUUCCAGAAAGAGCAGACUGACCUUGUGGCUCAGGCUCUGCGGGUGGAACUGGUGCCCUACCUGCUCCGCAUGCUGGAAGGGGUGGGGCUGGAGACGCUGGACAACCCCUCUGCCACCAAAGCGCAGAUCGUCAAGGCCCUGAAAUCCAUGACGCGCAGCCUGCAGUAUGGAGACCAGGUGAACGAAAUCCUCUCCCGUUCCACUGUGUGGAGUGCCUUCAAAGACCAGAAACAUGACCUCUUCAUCUCCGAUUCUCAGACUGCUGGGUAUCUCACAGGUCCAGGAGUAGCGGGCUACCUGACGGCUGGGACGGGCUCCACGGUAAUGCCCAACGUACCACCUCCUGUGGACAAUGACAUCGGGGACCUGGGCUGACAGACGGACAGAGAGGCCAACACGCCCGAGCAGAGGGUCUGCUCUGCGUUCCCAGGCUGCAGCUCCGUUCAGACUGUACAGCACACAGAGAAAGAUGGGAAGGAAGGAGGGGGGGCUGGGACCGGCUCACAGACUCACCCAGACUGUCCCCCCCCCCCCCCCCCCACAAAAUGUCCUCCAAACAGCACUCGUUCUCUUUAGCAUUCUUUUUGUUCGUUUUAAAUAAACGGCACUUUUUUUGCGCUGUUUUUUUUUGGUUUUCUUUUUCCUUCUUUGUCUCCAACAAGAUGAGCAUAGUUUACUUUUGUAUUAAUAUAUUUUUUACUCCUUUUUUUUGUGUGUGGAAAACCGAAGACUGAAGAUGUCAUCGCGCGUUGGACCUGUCUCCCUCUUUCUCUUCCUCCGCUUACGGCUCUGAGAGGCUGCCCUACCCUGACCAGUACCACCUAACCACGCCCUGAUUUUGUAGGAAGUGCCCAGCUUAGCUGCGUGCAGUGGAUCGAGGCAACCUUUUUGUUCCUUACAGUACUUAAAACGUGAUGUUUGUCGGUUUACAAGACUGUGACCCUGAAAUUAAUUGUUUUCCUAUUUUUUUUAUAUUGUUGUUUUAUAGUGUUGUAUGGAAAAGAAAAAAAAAGAAAUUCUCACAGCUGUGGUAUUUUAUUGCCGUUACCUUGCUCUGGUGCGAGUCGGAUGGAACGUCUAGACGGAAUGGAUGUCUAGACGGGCCCUCGUCUGCUCAGCCGGGACCUGGACGCUGCUCUGUUGGCGGUUUCUCAUCCAUGUUAUACUUGUGAUCCAGUUCUGCACUUCUUUACUGUCGCUCUGUCCUUUCCUCUAUAAACAAAAUCUUUCGUACAUUAUUUUCCUUCUCCAGACCGCAAAAAGCACUAGAAUAUUUAUACCUAGUUAAUAACGGCCUUUACAAACAAGCUUCAGCAGAGACAAAAAAGAGGAACAAUAAUAUCGACUCUGAUUAUAAAACUAUGUGAACGACUAGUGCAAUUGUGAAAUGUUCAUGUAAUAUGCCGUAUAUAAACUUUCUAUAUUGAAUGUACAUUUAAAAAAAUAAAUCAGUCGCACUUGUACAUAAAAUUUUAAGAAUAAACAAAGGGAAUCCACA